UGAUAAAUGGCACUUACAAUUACAGCACAACAAAAAGCACUAGGUAAAAGUCCAUCAUCUAUAAAUAAAUAAAUAACAAAUCAAAAGGGUUGAAUUAGGAAGCCGGCAAACGCUGCGGAUUGUCUUCCUUCAGGGUAUUGGUCUUGGCUUUGGGUGUGGGUCUUUCUCCUGUCCUCUCCUAUUCCAAUUCGAGGAUUCAAUCUCUCAACAAAAGAAAAUUAAAAUCCUGCCUUUCUCAUGUUUCUCCAAUAAAGGCCAUGGCGGCAAAGAAAAUUAUAGCAAUAUGUCAGUCUGGGGGUGAUUUUGUCACCAAUAAAGAUGGUUCAUUGUCUUAUAAUGGUGGUGAGGCCUAUGCUGUAGACAUUGAUCAGCAAACUCGGUUAAGUGAUUUCAAGUCUGAAAUUGCAGAAAUGUUUAGUUUUAGCUCUGAUAACAUGUCUAUCAAGUACUUCCUCCCUGGCAACAAGAAGACCCUCAUCACCAUAUCCAAAGACAAGGAUUUGCAGCGCAUGCUGAAUUUUCUUGGAGACUCUGCCACCGUUGAUGUCUUCAUCAUGUCAGAGGAAGCUGCUGCUCGUAAUGUUUCCAACAUGCCUGCUAGUAGGUCUAGCAGGACAACUGUCUCUGAGGCUGUGGUUCCUAUGGUUGCUCCUGUCAGUGCAGCCGUUGGGAUGACCAAUACCAUUGACCAAGUUGGCAUGGAAAUGCCUGAUGAAAAUCCUUUAGACUGUAUGCCCAUUAAUAUUGUUGAUGAGAACCAUCAUAAAGCUGCACAGCAGUGGGGGAAUACAAUCACUGGCGUUGACCAAAGAUUUAGUAGUUUUAGUGAAUUCCGAGAAGCUUUGCAUAAAUACUCAAUUGCUCAUGGGUUUGCUUAUAGGUAUAAGAAAAAUGAUAGUCAUCGUGUUACUGUCAAAUGCAAAUCUCAAGGCUGUCCCUGGAGGAUAUAUGCGUCAAGACUGUCCACGACCCAGUUGAUUUGCAUCAAGAAAAUGAAUACAAAACAUACAUGUGAGGGAGCUGCCGUAAAAGCUGGGUAUCGGGCAACAAGGGGUUGGGUGGGAAGUAUUAUAAAGGAGAAAUUGAAAGUUUCCCCAAACUACAAGCCAAAAGAUAUUGCUGAUGACAUCAGGCGAGAAUAUGGAAUCCAACUGAACUAUUCUCAGGCAUGGCGUGCAAAAGAGAUUGCCAGGGAACAGCUUCAAGGCUCCUAUAAAGAGGCAUAUAAUCUCUUACCUUUUUUCUGUGAGAAGAUAAAGGAGACUAACCCGGGCAGUAUUGUCACCUUUACUACAAAGGAUGACUCAAGCUUCCAUCGUCUGUUUGUCUCAUUUCAUGCCUCAAUAUCUGGUUUCCAACAAGGUUGUCGGCCUCUCAUUUUUCUUGACAGUACUACUUUAAAUUCUAAAUACCAAGGAAUCUUGUUGGCUGCAACUGCCGCAGAUGCAGAGGAUGGUAUUUUUCCUGUAGCUUUUGCUGUAGUUGAUGCUGAGAAUGAGGACAAUUGGACUUGGUUUUUAAGGGAACUGAAAUCUGCAGUUUCUACAUCUAGCCAGUUAACAUUUGUUGCAGAUUUUCAGAAUGGUUUAAAGCGGGCACUGGCUGAUGUAUUUGAUAAAUGCUACCACAGCUAUUGUUUACGUCAUCUUGCUGAGAAACUUAAUAGAGAUUUAAAGGGGCAGUUUUCUCAUGAGGCAAGACGGUUUAUGAUCAAUGACUUUUACGCUGCUGCUUAUGCACCAAGACCUGAGGGUUUCCAGCAUUCUGCUGAAAAUAUAAAGGGCAUUUCUCCUGAAGCUUACAACUGGGUCAUUCAAAGUGAACCAGAGCACUGGGCAAAUGCAUUUUUUGAAGGAGCAAGGUAUAACCACAUGACCUCAAAUUUUGGACAGCAGUUUUAUAGUUGGGUAUCAGAGGCACAUGAGUUUCCUAUAACACAGAUGAUUGAUGUAUUGCGGGGUAAGAUGAUGGAGUCGAUCUACAAGCGUCGUGUAGAUUCCAGUCAAUGGUUGACAAAGUUAACUCCAUGUAAUGAGGAAAAGUUGCAGAAAGAAACUGCGGUGGCGAGGUCACUUCAAGUGUUACUCACACAUGGUAGCAUAUUCGAAGUUCGUGGGGAAUCUGUUGACGUUGUUAAUAUAGACCAUUGGGACUGCAGCUGCAAGGGCUGGCAACUUGCUGGUUUGCCUUGCUGCCAUGCUAUUGCUGUCUUUGAUUGCAUCAGUAGAAGCCCUUAUGACUAUUGUUCCAGAUACUUCACAACGGAGAGUUUCCACCUAACGUAUGCAGAGUCCAUUCAUCCUGUUCCAAAUGUAGACAGACCCGUUCAGGAUGAAUUACUUGAGGCAGCUGUUGCUGUAACUCCUCCCCCAACUAAACGCCCACCAGGUCGGCCAAAGAUGAAGCAGGCUGAAUCAAUAGACAUUAUUAAACGGCAGCUUCAAUGUAGCAAAUGCAAGGGCCUUGGCCACAACAAGAAAACAUGCAAAGAAUCCUAGUGUAGAUGUUAGGACACUGGACGCUGUGAGUAGGCAUCUACUCUUCAUGGCUUUCCAACUAUAUAAGAUUCAAUAGUUUUGGUUGGCUAUCUAGACUUGCUCUUCCCUGUUUGUCUUUCUGUGAUGCCACCUCUAACACUAUUUGGAGCAGAUUCUACUUUUAUGUCUGUCACCAUCAUCCAUGGCAUUUUUUAUGGGUGAUGUCUUAAAGUUUGGAUAGCAUGUACUAAGAUUCACCCAACAAAGAGGGUCUUUUAUAAUGCUUAUCUGCAGAAAGUUAGAUAAUAUUUGAGAAUUAGGCUGACAUGUGUUAUAGCAUGCGACUGGUAGCUAGACUCUGGGCGCUAGCAAUGAUCAUCAGUGGAUGUUUCACUAAACAAUCUUAUUCUGUGAAUAGUUUCUGGUUCUAGUCAACACUGUGUCUAUUGUGUAAAGAUAUAGUUCCUGCUCGUAGUCAACACUGCUUUGUUAAGAGCUCUGCUACGCUAUGCUCCACAUGAUAACCUGCUUAGGGGCAGAUGAAUGAAUGGAUGCUUCAGUAGAAGCCAAAGGAUAGAUAAAAAAAAAAUGAAGUAUAUAAUUUAUAUGACUAAUAAUUAUGUUGUCCCUUUUAUCAGCUAGAACUCAUCGAGUAGUCAUUACCCUGUUUCAUUGGAUGAUGAAAUAAAUUUCCAAUUUUCCAAAAACAAAGGAUAUUGGGCCAAAAGAAACACCAAACUUUAUGCUCCCUUCUUUUGCGUGUGUUUCAUUUCUUCUGUUGUCUUUUUCCCUUCUUUUCCAAUAUUGGAUGCUCCUACUGAAACUGCAAUGACAUUAAUUUGGAGAUUGUUUCAUGGCAGGGUUAGUUUGAAAAAUUAAGUUUAUGAAAUAAACUUUACAUAGACAUAUCCAGCUUUUCUCCAACAUGACUAAUGUUUAUGGGUUUUUCCCUUUUUUUUUUUUUUUUGUCUAUGAAAUUUGAAUUCCUGGUUUAUGAGUGUUCCCUACAUAAAUAUUAGCAGCAGAAUGAUUAAGUUGGCAUGUUUGUCAAACUGCAAUGCGUAUUUGUAUUCCUGGUGAUCUUGAGCGUAAAUAGACUUUAGUUCAUUUGUGUAUUGUCAUAUUGCGUGAUGCUUUGGUCUACAUUUGCCUUCUAUUCUGCAAGAUUUGCCAUAUUUGUU